AUGGGAGUUCCAUCAUUCUUUAGAUGGUUAAGUCAAAAAUUUCCAAAAAUUAUUGAUGGUUGUCAAGGGUCAUUCCACGAACAAUAUAAUGACCUGAACGAACCUAACUUUAAUGGAGUUGAAUAUGAUAAUUUUUACAUUGAUAUGAAUGGAUUAAUUCAUCCUUGUUUCCAUCCACAAGACCGACAAUCACCUGAAACAAUAGAAGACAUGAUGGUAAUGUUAGGUAGAUAUUUAGAUUAUCUUAUUGACAUUGUCAGACCUAGAAAAUUAUUGUAUCUUGCUGUUGAUGGAGUUGCACCAAGAGCAAAAAUGAAUCAACAAAGAAGUCGUAGAUUCAAAUCAGCAAAAGAUGCAGAAAAUGCAGAACUUAAACAUGCAGAAGAGAAUCGAAAUAAAGUAAUGAAUGGAUUACCUGAAGUUCCCUAUAUAAAACCAUUAGAUUCGAAUUGUAUUACUCCUGGUACAGAAUUUAUGUCAGUAGUUUCUAAAACAUUGAAGAAAUAUAUAAAAGAAAGAAUGAGUCAAUCGAGUUAUUGGAAUAAACUUGUUGUUAUUUUAAGUGAUUCUGGUGUACCAGGCGAAGGAGAGCAUAAAAUUAUGGAUUUUAUUAGAAGACAAAAAGAGUCACCAGAUUAUAACCCAAAUACUCAUCAUUGUAUGUAUGGAUUAGAUGCUGAUCUUAUUAUGUUAUCUCUUGCAACCCAUGAACGGUUCUUCAGUAUUAUUAGAGAAAAAGUAUUUUUUGAACAAGAACAAUGUUAUAUUUGUAAUGACAUUCAUUCACCAGAUAAAUGCCCACAUAGAAAAGACAUUGGUGCUAUGGACACUAUUACAAAACCAUUCCAAUUUCUUCAUUGUCAUAUCCUUCGUGGAUAUCUUCAAAUUACACUAAAAGUAGAGGGAUUUGAAUUUGAAAGAUGUGUGGAUGAUUUUAUUUUCUUCUGUUUCUUAGUUGGAAAUGACUUUUUACCACAUAUUCCAUCGUUAGAUAUUAGAGAUGGAGCAGUUGAUCUUUUAAUGAAAGUUUAUCGAGAAUUUUUACCACACGGAGGAUAUAUCACUGAGAGUGGAAGUCUUAAUGUUACCAACGCCAAGAAUUUUUUACAGGAAGUUGGUAAGGAAGAACCAGCAAUCCUAGAAAAGAAAUGUCAGAAAGAAAAAAAUUAUGCAAAACGAAGAUUAGAUAAUCAGAUAAGGGACCUUGAAAUUAAGAAAGCAAAUGUUUACGAAAAUAGUACUUUAAAAAGUACUGAAAGUAUUAAUACUCUCACUCCAGAACAGCAAGAACAACUCAAAACCCAAGAGGCAGAAAUAAAAAAAAUAGAAGAUGAAGAAAGAAAACUUAGAGCGGAUUUUGAGCAAAAAGAAUUAACUGAUGAAGUUAAGUUAGGAGAACCAGGAUAUACUCAAAGAUAUUAUAGUGUAAAAUUUAAAAUAAAUCCAAAGCAAGAUACUCAGAAAAUUCGGGAUAUUGUUCAUAGUUAUUUUGAAGGAAUGAACUGGGUUCUUGGAUAUUACUACAAAGGGUGUCAGUCAUGGGACUGGUAUUAUCCAUACCUCUAUGCUCCUUUUGCAGAAGAUAUGGGAGAAUAUGUUGACUAUAAUUUUGAAAUCAAAUAUAAAGAAAGCACUCCAUUUAGACCAUUCGAACAAUUAAUGUCUGUAUUACCACCUAGAUCUAAAAGUUUGAUUUUUAUCCAGAUACAUUUGAACUAG